AUGGCUAUAUCAAAUCGGUUACUGUCGUUAGCUUUCCUCUCGUUGAUGGUUUCUUGUGCAUUCGGAGAAAAGACUAAAGGAGUUUCCUAUGAUGGGCGUUCAAUGAUCGUCAAUGGGGAAAGAGAAUUGCUCUUUUCUGGUUCCAUUCAUUAUCCCCGUAUGCCUCCUCAGAUGUGGCCAGACAUCAUAAGGAAAGCUAAAAAAGGAGGCUUAAAUCUUAUCCAGACUUAUGUCUUCUGGAAUAUCCACGAGCCCGUUCAAGGCCAGUUCAACUUUGAGGGAAACUACGACGUUGUCAAGUUCAUCAAGGAAAUUGCUAGACAAGGCUUGUAUGUCACCCUCAGAAUUGGACCAUAUAUUGAGGCUGAAUGGAAUCAAGGAGGAUUCCCAUACUGGCUAAGGGAGGUUCCAAACAUCACCUUCCGUUCUUACAACAAACCAUUCAUUCACCACAUGAAAAAGUACUCAGAAAUGGUCAUUGAGUUGAUGAAAAAGGAGAAGUUGUUUGCGCCACAAGGAGGCCCCAUCAUCAUGGCUCAAAUCGAAAAUGAGUACAACAAUGUUCAACUAGCUUACAGAGACAAUGGUAAGAAAUACGUCGAGUGGGCUGCCAAUAUGGCUACUUCGCUAUACGAUGGAGUCCCUUGGAUCAUGUGUAAGCAAAAGGAUGCCCCUCCACAAAUCAUCAACACAUGCAAUGGAAGGCAUUGUGCAGAUACUUUCAAAGGCCCCAAUGGUCCUAACAAACCUUCUCUAUGGACUGAAAAUUGGACCGCCCAGUACAGGACAUUCGGAGACCCACCAUCACAGAGAGCAGCAGAGGAUAUUGCAUUCUCUGUAGCCCGUUUCUUCGCAAAGAAUGGAACUCUUACAAACUAUUACAUGUACUAUGGUGGAACCAACUAUGGAAGAACAGGCUCAUCUUUCGUGACAACUCGUUACUAUGAUGAAGCUCCCCUUGAUGAAUUCGGUUUGUUUAGGGAACCAAAAUGGAGUCAUUUGAGGGACUUACACAGGGCUUUGAGGCUAUCCAGAAGGGCUCUCCUUUGGGGAACUCCCACUGUACAAAAAAUCAACCAAGACCUUGAGGUUACAGUUUAUGAGAAGAAAGGAACUGAUUGUGCUGCCUUUUUAACCAACAACCACACAACUAAUCCCGCGACCAUCAAAUUCAGGGGUAAAGACUAUUACCUUCCAGAGAAAUCCGUUAGCAUUCUCCCCGAUUGCAAGACAGUUGUCUACAAUACUCAAACGAUUGUCUCCCAACACAAUUCAAGGAGCUUUGUGGCAUCAGAGAAGGCAAAGGGUCUUAAAUGGGAAAUGUACCAAGAAAAAAUCCCAUCCAUCAAUGAAUUGUCACUUAAAAACAGGGAACCUUUGGAACUUUAUACUUUGACAAAGGAUACCUCAGAUUAUGCUUGGUACAGUACAAGUCUCACCUUCGAUCGCCAUGACUUGCCCAUGAGACCUGACAUCCUCCCCGUACUACAAAUCGCAAGUAUGGGUCAUGCAUUGUCUGCCUAUGUUAAUGGCGAAUACGUUGGGUUUGGACAUGGUAACAACAUCGAGAAGAGCUUCGUCUUCCAGAAGCCUGUCGUGUUGAAACCUGGAACUAACACCAUCUCAAUUCUAGCUGAGACAGUUGGCUUCCCGAAUAGUGGAGCCUACAUGGAAAAGAGGUUUGCUGGACCCAGAGCUAUAACAAUUCAAGGUCUGAUGGCUGGAACCCUUGAUAUAACUCAAAACAAUUGGGGACAUCAGGUAGGUGUAUCUGGAGAAAUAGAGCAAUUGUUCACUGAAGAGGGUGCAAAGAAAGUAAAAUGGACCCCAGUAACUGGAACUGUUAAUGGAGCUGUUACUUGGUACAAGACCUACUUCGAUGCCCCUGAAGGCAACAACCCAUUGGCCGUGAAAAUGGACAAAAUGCAAAAGGGUAUGAUCUGGGUCAAUGGUAAUAGCCUUGGUCGUUAUUGGUCAUCUUUCCUCUCCCCUCUUGGACAACCCACUCAGUUCGAGUAUCACAUUCCAAGAGCUUUCUUGAAACCAACGAACAAUCUCCUAGUUGUGUUUGAGGAAACCGGUGGUAACCCACAAGAGAUUGAAAUCCAAACAGUGAACAGAGACACAAUUUGCAGUAUCAUCACAGAAUACCAUCCUCCUAAUGUGAAAUCAUGGGAGAGAUCUGGCACUGAUUUCGUGGCAGUAGUGGAAGAUCUCAAGUCAGGAGCACACUUAACUUGCCCAGACAAAAAAAUCAUCAAGAAAGUCGAGUUUGCUAGUUAUGGUAAUCCAGAUGGUGCCUGUGGAAACUUGGUCGUUGGAAAUUGCAAUUCUGCCAAGAGUCUACAAGUUGCAGAACAGAAUUGCUUAGGGAAAAACUCAUGCACAAUCCCAAUUGAGAGAGAAGUUUACGACGAGCCGAGCAAGGACCCAUGCCCUAACAUCUUCAAGACUUUGGCUGUUCAAAUGAAGUGUGGCAACAAGAAUUAACUAGGGCUAUAGGCAGAAUGUUGGCUAUGACAUAUAAAUGUAUAUAGUAGAACUU